GUUGUUUCUUUGGCAAUUUCCAUAGGCUGGUCGUGUUGACCGGUGAAUUUAAGUGUCUUGACCUCUUCCUGUAUCGUCAAGCUCCAAUUAUUCAGAGUUUCAGAGACCACAAGGACUAAGCAAAUGCGUCUCUCUCUUCUGAUUUCGAUCACAAAUCCUCCUCCAUCUCUCUUUUUGCUUUAACAAUCCCCUUUGGUUUCGAUCCAUACCAAUCAUGUACUCAACAAACCCAAAUUCCUAUGACAAAUUCUCCGGCCCCCCACCGCCGAUGUUCAGUCAGGAUUCAACAACAACUGGGAUUCCGGUGAGCUCAACAAACCAGUACUACACCAGUGACAAUUCUCUAUCAGAUACCCAUCUUCAAUCCAAGAAUAAGGACCCAUGGUCCUCUGGCCUUUGCGACUGCUUUUCCGACUGGCGAAACUGCUGCUUAACAUGUUGGUGCCCCUGUGUCACCUUCGGACGAAUUGCUGAGAUUGUAGACAAGGGAUCAUCAGCUUGUGGAGUGAAUGGAGCUCUAUACACACUAAUUGCUUGUGUGACUGGUUUUGCUUGCUGCUACUCAUGCUUCUAUAGAGCAAAAAUGAGGCAGCAACACUCCUUGAAGCAGAGCCCUUGUGGGGAUUGUUUGGUUCAUUUCUGUUGCGAGUAUUGCGCCUUGUGCCAAGAAUAUCGAGAGCUGAAAAGCCGUGGAUAUGACUUGUCUAUAGGAUGGCAUGGUAACGUGGAGAAAAAGAACCAUAGCCUGGAGAUGGCUUCGGUGCCACCAGCGGUGGAAGGAGGCAUGAGCAGAUAGAUUGGGAGAUUUGAGCCUUGUUCAUGAACUAGUAAACAUUUGUGUGGUGAAGAUCAUUGUCAAAUGUUCUCCAUUAAUAUCUAAUCUCAAUUGUAGCUGAUUAGAAAAGGGAUGUACUAUCCCUUAAUUAAUCUUUAUUAUGUAUUAAAACCAUUAUACUUUUUAAUAGACAAAAAAUAUAUAAUAUCUGUGUAAAAUAAGCUGCAAUAGUAGCUGUUUGUUAAACGAAUUAA